CCAUUCGCAUUUUCUUCUCGCUCUGAAAAUGAUUCCCCGAGCCGUAUCUCAUCUGCUCAAACGCGAGCACGUAAUGGCAAGUGUGUUUCACGCCGAUUUAGGCAGUUCUGGAUGCAUGCUGCUGAGCAGUCGAUACCAACACUCAGAUUCAGUCACACCUGUGUCAGGAGUGGCCUCGGCAAGCCACGAAAGUUCCACACUAUGGCUAAUGGGCCAAAGGUCGGCGGCCGUGGACCAGCACCGAACCAUUUAAAACGAUGGUGCCGACUGAGUCAGUAUGGUGCAGUGCUGCUGGUUGGUGGAGGGCUGUUGCUAAAGUAUCGAGCUCGAACCGCACGUGCGGCCGAUGCGAGUGAUCAGGAAGGCGGCGGUUUUAUCGUCAAAAUCGAGAAAAGAAGUGAUUUACCGACCUACAGAAUAGACGAAGUAAAGAAACACGGAAAAAAUGCUGAGCGUAUCUGGGUCACUUGUCAAGGGGGUGUUUACGAUGUGACAGACUUCGUGGAAGGCCAUCCAGGAGGAAACAAGAUUCUGCUAGCUGCUGGAAGUUCAAUUGAUCCAUACUGGAAUAUCUAUCAACAGCACAGAACUCCGGAGACAGUUGAAUUGUUGGAAGAGAUGAGAAUUGGUAAUUUGGAUGAGAGAGAUAUUGUCGUCGAGGAACUUAAGGUUGUGCUUACGGAAUAG